CAGGAUUGGCAUGCAUGCGCAUGCCCAUGCCCGUUCGAUCUGUACCGAGACUAGGUGGAGGGAAACAAGAGGAAGAGACGUGAAAUGAGGCUGCUGAAAAUGAGGAAGGUCGAGGAAGUCAGCAGCCAUGAUCCCACAGAGCCACACAUUAGCUUGGUGGACGCGCAAAACCUGUGGAACCAAUGGGAGAUCCACUGCCUGAUCCUUGCAAGCUUCGUCUUGCAAGUGUUCCUCUUCUCCUUCGCAGGCGUCCGGCUGCGCAGCUCCUCCCGUGUCGUGGGCGUGGUCCUGUGGCUGGGCUACAUGUCGGCCGACUCGGUUGCCGUGUUCGUCCUGGGCCAUCUCUCCGUCCACACUGGUGGCCCCAACCACCAGCUCCUUAUUUUCUGGGCGCCCUUCGUGCUCCUUCACCUGGGCGGGCAGGACACCAUCACAGCUUUCUCCAUGCAAGACAACGUUCUUUGGAUGCGCCACCUGCUGGGCUUCGCCUCGCAGCUGGGGCUGGCCGUCUUCGUCGUCUCCAAGUCGCCCUGGCCAGACCGCUGGCUCCUCACCUCUACACUGCUCAUGUUCGUGUCGGGGUGCAUCAAGUAUGGCGAGCGCAUCUACUGUCUCGCCACCGCCAACCCAGGGCAGCUCAUGAAAGAGUUCCUGGGCGGCUUUGAAGACCGCAUACGCUCCAUCAAGGAGUUGCAAACAAUCGCCAGACAAGGCCUGGGGUCUUAUCUCAGUAGCCGUACUUUCACCGAGGUGUCGCUGAAUCCUGCCAUGGACAUCAUGUCCACGGACAUCCUACCCAACUACGACUGGUCCGUCUCUCGCGACAUCUUCUCUGACCUCUACUCGAAACAGGUUGAUUCUUCCGUGCCACAGUACCGCAGCAGCGCCUACAUCUUCGCCGAGGACAGGCUCUGGAUCUGCUACCAACGCCUCUACACAAAGGCCACCUUCCGUCUCUGUCCUGCUGGCGCAUUGCUCCAUCUCGUCGCAUUUCUCUCCACCUCGGCAGCCAUGGCGCUUUUCUUCAUGGCUGCCAAAAGUGGCCAGCUCCAGCACUAUGAUGGAGCUGACGUCGCUGUGUCCGGCGUCUUGCUCGUAGGAGCCGUCACCUUGGAGGCAGCCUCCUUCGUCAUGUCCAUGUUCUCUCGUGAAGACCUCUGGAGGCACCCGUUCUGCUGGUCUGGCAACCACACCGUAAUCCACUGUGUGUUCUUCAUCACUUGCGGGACUUGUGCUGAUUUACUGAGGAAGAGGUGGAGGAGACCCCAGUGGUCAAGAACACUAGUGCAGUACAACAUCAUCACAGGUUGCGUCAAGAGAGCCUCGGUGGUGCCGCGAUGGAUCGUCGAACGCCUGGGCGCGAGCGCCCCUGGCAUCGAGCGCAUCCCCGUUACCAAUGACCUCAAGAACCUGGUCAUCAAGAAUCUGCUAGACAAUACGAUGAUGUCAACAGACUUCACCAGCUCGCGGGGCGAGGUGGCGCUGGGGAGGAGGCGGAGGACUGCUGCCGAUGAGGUACCAGCUCCAGCUGCUAAGAGCCUGUCAGAGAAGGUCCUAAGCGAGAGUGUGAAGGAGGUGGAUUUCCCGACCAGCGUUCUCAUUUGGCAUAUCGCCACGGACAUACGCUUCUUCACCGAUGCUGAUGGUGAUGCUUCCGCUGAUAAGACAAUUAGCAGGCAGCUCUCAAAUUACAUCAUGUACCUCAUCUUCAAGUGCGACGUGAUGCUUAGCAGCAAUUCCAAGUUCCUGCUUCGUAAAGCUCGUGAUGAGAUCACCCUCACUCUCAACAAGGCUGGGCCCCUGGGACGAGAUGACGGCCAGCACGACGCCGAUAAAUUAUCGUGGAACAAGAAGACGGCGGGCACAGCCAUGGCUGUGCGACACCUGGUGAACUCACCGCUGUUUGUGCAGGCACGCUCCGGAAUGGACAUAUCGGUGCCGUUCAACCCUAGCACCGCCGAUAUCCUCGGUGACCCCGUGUUGCCUCGUGCGUUCAAGGUGGCCGAGGCGCUGGCCAGCAUCCCAGAAGCCGAUCGCUGGGACAUCAUCGUCGACGUCUGGCUGGAGAUGCUCUACUACAUUGCGCCUCGCUGCGGGGCCGCAUUCCAUCGCAACCAUCUCAACACUGGUGGGGAGUUCAUCACGCAUGUCCUCGUAGUAAUGUACAGCAUAGGCCCCCUCGGCUAUCACCCAAGUCUGCUCAAGUUUGGACCUCACUAGUAGGUUGCCUGGUGUACCUACGAGCUCUUCUCCACUUGGUAUGCUUAGCUUACAUAUGUGCCACUGCCACUUGUAUUCUCUAUAUGUAUUUUCCUCUCCGGGUG